AUGCUCAGCAAUUUCUGCAUGUUGAAACAAAUGCAGCUGCGCUGGAGCGGCCACCUGGUGCGCAUGGACGACGAGCGACUACCCAAACGGCUCUUCUACGGAGACGUCGCGACGGAUUCUCGUCGUCAAGGAGGCCCAAUUCUUCGAUACAAGGAUACCCUGAAGUCCUCCCUCAAGCUACUGCAAAUCAACCCGACCAACUGUGAAGAGCUCGCCCGCGAUCGUCCGACAUGGAGGAGAACAGUGAAGACGGGCGCUGCUAUCCACGAAGCCAACCGAAUCGCCGCCGCCAAAGCGAAACGCGAAGCCCGCAAAUCCCAACUGCGCCCAGUCAGCAACGCCGCCGCACAACCGUUUCCAACGUGUCCUCGAUGUCAACGGACAUUCCGGGCUCGAAUCGGCCUUGUUAGUCAUCUUCGGAUCAACUGUAACUCUCGAACUGCACCAAACUUCAUCCCCCCGCCCGCCUCAUCCUCGUAUUUUCUACCGCCAACUAACUCUGACAAUUCUUCUGCUCCACCACUUCCAUCCUCCUCCUCCUCCUUCUCCCCCUCCUCUUCCCCCUCCUCCUCCUCCUCCUCCUCCUCAUCCGCCACCACCACCACUGCCCCAACGGCGGCCACUCAGGCAGCCGUCUUGCACAUCACCAACCGCGACACAGCAACCGGCACUACCCCCGCCUCUCCCGACUCCAGCAAUGAGAAUCAGGACUACACCUGCCCUCACUGCGAUCGCACCUUCACCUCACGUAUCGCCUGGUCGCUCACUUGCGAAUCCAACGCACAGAGACCGGCGAACCAGUGCCUGGAACAUCAACCUACACCCAGCGCACUCGCCUCCACUGCCCACACUGCCCUCGCACCUUCACGCAUCGCAUGGGUCUAUUCGGCCACAUGCGCAUCCACGAGAGCGGAAUUGACCACAAUUACGACACACCAACCACGACCAACACGCCCAUCAUGCUCAGCACCACCCUCGCACCGUCCAUCUACGCCACCACUAACUCCUCCUCUGUAG